AUGUCACUACUGCACUCCUAUAUAAGCGAAGAGGCUGCUUAUCAUCAAAAACAACCACAACCAAUGUUACAACCAGUUUAUAUUGCACCUGCUGUGCUUGUUCUCGGUGAUAAUCCAAUACCAUAUACAUGCCCGAAUUAUCAACAGCAGAUUGUUACAAGAACAGAAAAAAAGAAUGACUUAUUAAUUUGGCUUGCAUUUGGUGGUUUCUUUAUCCUAGAUCUUUGGUGUUGUUAG